AUGGUCGCGGUGCAACGUUUCACUCCGGCAAGACCGGUUAAGAAGAGUGGAGCAAAAGAGAAAAGCAGGCCUCAAGCCGAAGAUGAGACAAGAAACACAACUACAGCUGUCUCAAGAACAAAGGAGAAAGACGUAUCAUCAAGCUCGACAACAGGACCUCAAAAUUCUGAAGCUAGUACAGCACCAGCAAACAAGCAGAAGACUAAGUCUAAGGUGAGAAUCAAUCCCCUGUUUGCAGCGGCUUACCGUCGAAAAGAAGAGCCAGAGGUUGUCGUCGCAAAUGAUGGUGCUACAACUAGUUGUGAUGGAGUAGCAGGAGGAGAAGCUACAACAACAGCUACAACUGCAACAAACAAUGCAACAAGAACUUCUGCAAUCGCUGCAACUACAGUUAUCGACCCUGCCUCCUGGCUGGCAUCACUUAGCGGUGGAGGAGGUCUAAAAACACAAGAACGAACAAAAGAUCUAGAAGUAGGGCAACGAGGACAUCAAGUAGAUGAUGAACGAGGACCAGGAAAACAAGAACGAAUUAUAUCUGCGUCAUCUUCUCGGAGUUCUACAGAACCUCUACAGCGACCACCUUGUGAUGGUACAACAAGUACAACACGACCACCUACAUCAGAACUUGUUGGACGAUUUCUUGCGACAUUGGAUCCUCUGGAUCCGAUAGAAGGUGAAAAUGGGAGUGCUGGGAUAAAAAGAUUUUCAAAGCCCUUCUGGCGGACAAGCUCGCUUGAUGAGGUCUAUCAGAGUUGGGAACGGCAGAGGGCCUUUAGAAAUCACAAUCUCAAAAAGAAGUGCGCCAAUGCGAAGCGAUUAGCAGCAAAGAAGUCGUCUGGGUUAGCUUACAACAGGUAGGCAUAGGGGACAAACACAACGGACAUGUUGUCAUUCACAGAUCGUUAGAGUAGUGUCAUGAUCUUCUUUCCUGCAACAUCCUCCUAUUUUUGUACCUAUGAUACAACCAGACACUGUAAAAAUAUCCUCGUCUACUACAACGACAUUUGAACAAUAAACCUCCCUCACCAACCUAAUUGUGCUUUGAUGUUAGGAUGAUCCUCGUAGAAUCUGGAU